AGCGUCUCUGGGAGCAGCUCGACGGCCGCAGUCAUUAUUGCGCCAGUCUAACACCCGCCAGUCGAUCUUCCUCAUCCUAGCAAAAUAUACAUUUCUUGACGCGAUUUCCGAGACUUCAUUGCGGUACCAACGUGCAAGAUCAGAGAGACGCGCGUGCGAAAGAGAAACGGUCUCGUGACACGCCUCGUGGCCGCAUCGCGAACGCGCUCGCUAUCGCGUCACGGCCGGAUACGAUGAGACUCUUCUCGGGGAACGAGGAAAAUGUGACGUGAGACACUGGCCUUCGGCAGGUCCUUCGGCGAGUGCGACACGCUCUGCGACGCAGUCAGUACGCGCGGGCGCGGGUCAUCCUGCAAAAUGACCGCUGCGAUGAGGAGGAGGUUUCUGUCGACGGUGUGCUGCUGGCUCCUGGUGGCUCUCGGUGUCGGCCAGGUCGCCGGACAAUUAUUAGACACAGAGUUCCAGCCGACGGUGACGGCGACGUGCAAGGGCGGCUACAUGACGAUCCGCGUCAACCUCAACCAGAGUUUCGUGGGCGCGGUACACGCGCGGGAUCAUCGGACCCCACAGUGCAUGGUGUCGGGCAAUGGCAGCACGCACGCCACCCUGGGCAUCAAUCUGUUCGCGGCGCAGGAUAGUCCGGAGUACUGCGGAGUCCUUGUGAACAACCACACGGAAGAACGUUCCAUUCCUAUCGCUGUUAGGAUACACAAGACUCUGGAGCUGGCGGAUGACAAGUUUUAUGUCAUUACGUGCGGAAAGGCGGGCUUUAAAAAUGCCAAAAAUGAAACUUCGCUGGUCUCGUUGCGCCUCUUGGACGGAGGUGUCAGAGUGCAAGAAGCUAUAUACGGUCACAACUACACUCUGCGCGCUGAGAUUUCACGCCCAGACGGAAUGUACGGGAUUCGGGUGAAAAAUUGCUUCGCGUUCAACAAACUCAACUCCAGCGUGCAGCUCAUCGACGACAAAGGAUGUCCUGUGAAAGUUCGAAUGACGAAAUUCGUGUACGAUCGAAGCACCGGUAUAGCGGAUGCCACAUUGUUCUCCAUGUUCCGGUUUCCUGACAGUUCAGAGGUGCAUUUCCAAUGCGACAUCGCCGUGUGUAGAGGAAGCUGCGGUAUUCCUGUAUGCGAAGGAGAUAAAGAGGAACUGAUAAAGGGUGGCUCUUCCACUAACGGACAAAGUGUUAGUAGCGAAGAAGGAGUGCUGCUUGCUGGAACGAGCGUUUUUGUUCUCCAACCAGGCGAGAAACGAGUUGUACAAACAUUGUACGACGACGGCGGCGUGCAUCCGCUGUGGCUGCUGUGGUUGGCGGUGGCUCUCGGAAUAUUAUUCCUCAUCAUGCUCAUUAUCAACAUAUUCCUGUGUUCGGCGAUGACCUGCAGCUGCACCCGUACCGACAUCAUCGAGAAGGAACCGUCGAUCAUCGAGGAUUAUGAUCCGUACCGCAGCUGGCACGGUUCUCAAUACGGGUAUUCGUUAAACGGAAAGCAGGGCUACGCCUCCGGGGGAUCUACCAUGAAUUCCACGAGGUCGAUAUCGACGAAUAGCGAUCACUACGCGAUAGUGCACUCCCGACCAGGAAGCAGAUAUUCCGGUCCGGGACAGAAGCAUCAUCAUCAUCACAGAGGACCGCCGUCAAACAUCGGUUCACACUAUUCCGGGAAGUAACGUUCCCGUUAGCUUCGUUUAUCAAAAACUAGAACUCUAUUGUCUCUUCGUUAACGUUACUUCUUUAUUAAAAUUUUUUUUUUUUGUAAGGCAUUAUCUUCGCACGACACAGUCACUCGACUCAAACUCGCCGGUUCAAUCCUAAAAUCAAAGUGUAAUGUUAGAGAGCAUUGUGUAAUAUCGACGAUUCGAUGUAUUAACAUUUCCUUGAUCGCAUUAUUUCAGAGAUUCUGUUAUUUACGAUCGAAUCGAUCGAUGAUUGAUUAUUGGCGCUCGCCACGCACGUUGCGAUGAAUACAAAUGAUUGAGAAAUACGGGGUGCGCAAUAUAUUUCAAGGAAAUGUUAAAUAAUAUUCGAUUUUUAGUUUUAGUGCUAUUUUAUAUUCUGAUGACAAAUAUUUGAAAUUUUCCUCGCGAGAAAAUAAAAUUUGCGUAACGUCAAGAGUAAUUACGUGCGUUUCACCGUGUUUCUCACACAGCAAACUUCCUUUGAAAGAUUUUUCUUCUUUCUGCACUUGUUAAUUAUCGACAAUAACAGUAACCGUACAGCAACGUGAUUCGAAAAAUGCGGACCAAGUAUGUAUGUUGUUAAGAUAAAAUUGUUUACGAAUAAUAAGCAUGCGCGCAUACAUAAAACACUAUGCAUCUACAUAUCGGUAUUUUUUUAUACGUAGUGUUAUCAUUCGUGAAAAACAGUUUCGUGUUAGACUGCGUAUGUAUCAUAAUAUAAUAGUCAUAAGCAUAAGCACUAGCAUUUACAAAAACUUGCGCAAUAUUGAUCUUAAGAUAUAUAUUAGUUAAAAAUGCUUUUUGUACAUAAAACCAUUAAUCUAAAAAAACGUACGUGUGUUCUUUUUUUUUUAUUUCCGUCGACAAACAAUUUCCUUUGAAACCUCCAGAUAUAUUGUACAGAAAUAUUGUUACGUUAAAGUAAAUAACACGUAGCGCGAAUAGCAAAACAAUAUUAGCAGUUUCUUCUUGUCAAUUUGUCACACUUUAUUUAUUUUACAAAUACUUUUUGUUUCUUUUACUUUAGAAGAAUGAAACUUCGUGAUUUUUUACGAACGUGUUUUGCAGGUUUACGUUCUCAGAGUAAACUGCUGUUCAUUACGUAUUUCAGAUGUUUGUAAUCACGUAAUUAACUAGUGCUACGUAGUCACCUGCAAUUUGAUUUAAUUUUUUUUCAAAAGUCAACGGCCGUAAUAGUCAUAUAAUUGCACAACAUUAUAAUUUCUGCGGUGAUUCUUGUAACAAUAUUAUUACACGUAUAUCCUGAGAAGAGAGCGCACUCUCAAAUGACAAUCAUUAACGUUAAUAACUAUAAUUUCUAUUAGAAAUUUUCUUAUUUUUGCAAUUUCAUUUUUUCAGAAAUAUUGUCUUUUAUGCUUGAAUAUCUUCUCUCUCUCUUUCUCUCUCUCUCUCUCUCUCUCUCUUUCUCUUCCUCUCUCUUUCUCUCUCGUUUCACAAUCUUCUAACUUACCAUCUCAUCUUAAGUGAGCGGAAUAUGACUACACGGGAGUCAUCACAUCUUUGUGAAACAUAGUCAUUACUCUCACAUUAUACGUAGAUGGUUGAAGGUUAUCUCUCACAGAAGAGCGCUCAAAGUUUUUUCAUAAAAAAAUCUAGGACACAGUUACUUAAAGUUAAUACUAAAACAUAGUUACUUAACGUUGUAAGAAAGCACUGUGCUAAAAAGCAAGGUAAUAUAUCCAUAAUGAAAAUAAUAAAUAUUAUGUAUUUUAAAAACGAUUUUUAUUAUUAAAAAUACAUUUUAGAAUAAAACACGACUGAGUAGCUCGCGCAGCAGUAGACUUACAUAUGCCUACGCAGCGUACAUGAACGCAGCUCUCUCGCUCUUAAAUAUUCUCUUUAUAAAAAAAAAAAAAAACACGAAAACUCUCUCCUUAUCUGCUUAUAAAUUGGUAACUGCCGAUGUGUGUAUGAGUUUGGUUAUAGUGAUUACAUGAAUAAUUACACAAAGGAGGAGAAACGACAUUAUACUAGCUACAAAAAUACUGAAAAAUCUUCAGUGUUACGAUAUUUACAACAAUUGAUGUACUUGGUUGAAGAGUCGAUGAAAGUAAUAAUAAAAUAAAAUUUUCUUUGUGUGAAACAAAAGUGUCUUACAGUUUUGGUAAAAGUAGAGAUUUUCAAGAUUCCAGGCAGCUAAACUCUUUUUGUCUUCUUGUGACAGAAACAAUUUUCGAUAAAAAGAAAAAUUGUAAAAAACACAAAAAACUUUUGCGAAAUUCUUUGCGACAAAUAUAUUUCAAAAGUUUUGCAAGACCCAAGAGAGAAGUAUAGACAUUUAUAAGAAAUAAAUGUUGGCUUUAUGAAUUAUUUAUACGCGAAUGAAUUAUUUAGCUGUCUGCAAAAAGCUAAGUUUUCGUACUUUGCGAUAUAUUUAAAAUGUAAUGAGAAAAUGUGAAAAUGAUGCAACGUUGAUCAAAAGGGGACUACUUUUGAUAUUUUCAAAUAAUAUAAAUAAAGCACAUAUUACUUUUACAUGAUUUCACAAUAAGAACUCAUAUUUAGAAUUUCGCAAAAUAAUGCGAAUAUCUCUGUUGUCUGAUGAAUUAGCUAGAGUUGUAGUACCAUUUUUAUCACUCGCGAAUGAUAUGAGUCAUGAUUGAUCAACGACGAUGAAAUCGUAAUUUUUUCGCUUGGAGCUAUUGAAUCCCAGAUUUCCCCGUGAGGAAACGCAGGACUCGACGUGCUCGUGCUAUAAUUAAUUAAACGACAGGUACGUUCUUCAUGUAAACUAUUCUUAAUACAUGUAGAGAAAGUAGUAAAAAAAAAAAAAA